AUGCUCCUCACCAAGCUCAUCCUCACGCUCCCCCUCCUCUGCACCAUCCUUGCCCUCCCUGCGCCGCAGAGCAACUCGGCACCUCCUCCUACUACCGAGGGUACGGGACCCACCUCCGCUGCCAGCUUUUACAAGCGCGACCCGAUGCCCCAGACGCUUCCUCCUCCCAGUACUACCGAGGGCAUGGGUCCCACAUCCGCUGCGGGCCUUAUCAAGCGCGUACCUCAAGCGGAUCCUACUGCUCCCAACACUCCGACCGUGCCCGAGGCUGGACCUACCAGCAAUAAGCGCUGGUCUAGUGGCAUUAGUGAGAGCACCGAAUGCAAGAUUUCAAGACAUGCCAACUUUGUCGCCUCUGAUUUGUCUGUACCGUUGCGCCGAGACAUCAAGCCACAUGGGUCGGCUGCCAGGUGA